CGGCCAGCUCCUCGUCUUCACCGUCUGCCUCAAAGACUCGAUUACACGUUAGUCCCAGCCCCUCUGGACCUCUCACUUCCGCAGGCUACGGAAAAGUCGUCGCUGCCAGCCAUCAUUGUUACACCCUCAUCGCCAUCGGCUGAAUCGAAUUACUACAUCGCAUUCCUCAGUCCGCCGCCGAAAGCUACGUUCCGGGAGCGUAUCUCUCCAUACCUCUCACCAUCUCAGCUGUCGUUCAAGGCACGCAUCGCUUUCCUCGUCUGCAUCGUUCUUCUCGUUCUUGCUCUCCAUUUCCUUUCGCACCUCGCGCUUGCCGUUCACCGACCACACCUCAACCUA